AUGGCGUCUCUUCUCCGGGGCGCGGCUUUCAUCACCGGCGCAGCUUCUGGCAUCGGCCAAAAAACAGCCCUCGCCUUUGCCCGAAACGGCAUCACCCGCCUCGCUCUAACCGACAUCAACGCCCAAGCCCUCGAGACCACGAAAUCUCUCCUCGGCGAACAGUUCCCCUCCACCGAGGUCCUCACCCUCCCAUUGAACGUCCGCUCCGCCUCUGAAGUAAAAGCCGGCAUCGCGGAGACGGUAUCGCGCUUCGGACGUCUCGAUGUAGCUGUAAAUAACGCGGGGAUCGCGGGUGGGGGGGAGUUGACGCAUGAGGUUGGCGAGGAGGAGUUUGGGAGGGUUGUGGAUGUUGAUUUGCAUGGGGUUUGGAGGUGUCAGAAGGAGGAAAUUCGGGUUAUGUUGGGGCAGGAGGACCUUGGGAUGAGACGCGGUCGUGGGGCUAUUAUUAACGUGGCUUCCAUCUUUGGACUCGUCUCGCCUUCGCUUUUCAUGGCGCAGACGGCGUAUUCGACUGCGAAGCACGGAGUUAUGGGCCUAACAAAGAGCGACGCAAACAACUACGGCCGGCGCGGCAUCCGCAUCAACGCCAUCUGCCCCGGCUGGAUCGAGACGCCCACCGUGACGCCGUUUUCGCGCGAGGCGGGGAGCCCGUUGAGUCGAUAUAUUGAGAUGACGCCGCUGCAGCGGUUGGGGCAGCCUGAGGAGAUUGCUAGUUGUAUCACGUUCCUUGCUUCUGAUAUGAGUAGUUUUAUGCAGGGGUCUGGGUUGGUUGCUGAUGGAGGGUUUACGGCUCAUUAG